AGGUCAGCGCUGUUUAUGUUCCUCUGAUCUCCGACGCGCGCUCGUCGUGCACGCGCCCCGCACAGGAUGAUCUUGUUACAUUGUAGCGCGCCGUAACUGUGCGUCAUAAAGAGGAAGAGCGUUUGAUCCUGGCGAAUAGAACGUUUUUAAACUUUUCAUCGGAUAGCUUGUAAUUCUUCGGCUGCUCGGGAACGUUCGGAGCGCGGAAGAGCGAAGCUGAUUUCCGCAGCGGACGCGGGGGGGUUCGGUGUCGGUCCUGACCAUCGAGAUCCCCGUGGAUGACCUCCAGAAGCAUGUAUCCGCACGGAAGACCCCAGGCUCCGCUGGUGUCAGGCCACGCCGGCAUGAAAUUCACAGUCCUGGAAACUCUGGACCAUAUAAAAGAGGAAUUCCAGCUGUUCCAGGCCCAGUAUCACAGUCUGAAGCUGGAAUGUGAGAAGUUGGCGAGUGAGAAAACAGAGAUGCACAGACAUUAUAUCAUGUAUUAUGAAAUGUCUUACGGGCUGAACAUCGAAAUGCAGAAGCAGGCAGAGAUUGUAAAGCGGCUCAGUGCUAUAUGCACUCAGAUCAUUCCACUGCUAUCCCAAGAGCAUCAGCAUCAGGUGGCUCAAGCGGUGGAAAGAUCCAAACAUGUUAGCAUGGCCGAGCUCAACGCUAUCAUAGGGCAGCAGUUCCAGCAUCUAUCCCAUCAUGCCCCGGGCUUCCCUCUGACGCCACACCCCUCAGGUCUGACCCUGGGAGCGGGUGCGAGCCUCAUGGCUCUUCCCGGGGCCUUCCCGUUUCCCCCACACCUGGCGCCUAAAGAUGACCUCACUCAUGCCGAGCCGCUGGACUCCAGAGAUGGAGCUCCAAACAGGAGCGGCAGCGGCUCUCCGGUGGGUCAUCGGUCUGCGGGGCUGCGUCUGAGUCUUCCUCCUCCUCCCUCUUCCUCUUCCUCAUCCUCUCACACCGACAUGGACAAUAAACGGGGCGGCGCGGACCCGAGCGGCACGGGACGAACACGGCGGGAAAGUGGCGGUAAAAAUGAAGACACACUCAGAAGAGACAGCAAUAAAGAGAAAAGUGUGUCCCCCGCAGGAGUCUCUCCCAGAUCGACGGAAGGGAACGGACUGAACAGCUCUCCGGUGCUCCGGAAGAAUCCGUCCAGAGAAGGCUCUUCCUCGCCUCGCUCUCAGCCUCGCUCACCUCUCUGCAAGAGCCCCGCUCAGGAGAAAGUGAGAUCUCCGUCUCCUUCAGCGUCCCAUGAAUCACUCUCUCCUGGCUCUCCAGCACCUCCCCGUCCUCUCUCGUCCUCCGCCCGCGGCCCGUCUCCCGCUCUCAAACACUAGGACCCACUCCAGCCCAUGGAGUGAGACUAGUGAAAGACUGCCGCUACCCCUCCCCAGCCCGCCCUUCCCAGAAUGCACGGGGCCGGUCCCAGAAUGCACCGGGGCAGCCCCAGAGCGCUCGGGCCUGGGCAUCAGGUGCCUUGUCAGGAGCCCUUCAUCUGUCCUCGUGGCCCUUCGAGCCGAACUCUGAGCGAACCGCAUCUGUGUUCUCACAAACAGGGCGUAAUCAGCCAAUCAGCUGUCUGGCAGCUCUGUCAGCCAAUUAGAAAGAAAGCUGAAUAUUCUGCGUGACGGGCAAAUGGAGGCAAGAUACGGGCGUCUCCGUAUCGUCUCCCACGCAGAAAAGGACUGAGAUGCUUUUACUGCCAAUUUUAUGUCGAAACGAGUUCGAAACAGAAGCGCGGAAAACUUCCAGACAAAUGGACACGGAGGCGUUCCUGUUCUUCCUCCCCCAGAGCUUUGAAGUGUGUCGGCGAAGAGCUGGGUUCGCCCCGGAGCCGUCGCGCCGUUUCCCCCUCACCGAAGCAGACUUUAAUAAAACUGUCCUUUUGAGCGCCUAGCGUUAGUUCCGCGCAAGUAUCCGAAGAGAAACGAUGCAGUUUUCGCUUGUAAUAAACAGGCCUCUGUCGCUCACGUAUGAAUGCUCACUUUAUGAUGCUAAACGAAGCAAUGAAGCGCGAGAGCCUGCGCUGUGUCGUGAAUUAAAUCAAAAAGGACGGCGUCGGGGCGCUUUUUAUUCACAACGCAGCACAAUCUCGAGCGCUUUAUUGCGUUUUAAAAUGCUUGAUAUUAAGUACAAGGCGUUUGAUUAAAAUAUCAUUUUGUUAAACAGC